AUGGCACCUAUCGAGAACACUGAAGAAGCCGACUACCUCGUCCUUGGUAUCGGCAGUGGAGGUAUCGCCUCCGCAAGACGAGCUGCAAAGCACGGCGCAAAGGUUGUUGCAGUCGAAUCGAGCCGCUAUGGCGGUACCUGCGUGAACGUUGGGUGUGUGCCCAAGAAGGUCACAUGGAAUGCUGCCGCGAUCGCCGAGACAUUCAAGGACGCAAAGGCAUACGGUUUCCAGGUCAAGGAGCAACCUGAGUUCGACUGGCCAUACUUCAAGAACAAGCGCGACGCCUACGUUAAGCGCUUGAACGGCAUUUACGAGAGGAACCUCGACAAAGAUGAGAUCAAGCACAUCAGGGGACGCGCGAAGUUUGUCGCCGAGAACGAGGUAGAGAUUGCGCUCGAGAACGGAGGCACCCAGCGUGUCAAGGCAAAGCACAUCCUCAUCGCGACCGGCGGUCGACCGAAGAAGCCCGAUAUUCCUGGCAAGGAGCUCACCAUCGACAGCGAUGGCUUCUUCGACCUCGAGAAGCAGCCCAAGAGCAUUGCCACGAGCGGUGCAGGAUACAUUGGUGUUGAGAUGACGGGUAUGCUUCACGCACUGGGCAGCAAGACACACUUCUUCAUUCGUGGCGACAAGCUCCUGCGAACCUUCGACCCUAUGAUCCAGGACGCUGUCACCAAAGAGUACGAGCGCCAGGGCAUCAACCUGUACAAGGGCACAUCGAUCAUCAAGGUCGAGGACAUUGGCAACGGCAUGAAGCGCGUUACAUACGAAGAGAAGGACUCCAAGAAGACCGGCACAGUCGAAGUGGAGGCCGUCCUCUUCGCAACCGGUCGUGACCCUGAGAUCGAAGACCUGCACAUCAAGGACUUUGGCAUCAAGCUCAACGACAAGAACCACAUUGUAACGGACGAGUACCAGAACACCAAUCUCAAGAACAUCUUCGCCAUCGGCGAUGUCUGCGACCGCGGCUACGAGCUGACUCCUGUUGCCAUCGCGGCCGGUCGCCGUCUGUCAGACCGUCUUUUUGGCGGCAAGAAGGAUGCCCAUCUCGUCUACGACAAUAUUCCCAGCGUUGUCUUCGCGCACCCUGAGAUCGGUUCCAUUGGUCUUACUGAGCCGGAAGCGCGCGAGAAGUACGGUGACAAGGUCAAGAUCUACAAGACCGAAUUCACAGCCAUGUACUUCGCCAUGAUGGAGCCCGAGGAGAAGCAGCCCACAGCGUACAAGAUCGUCUGCGUUGGUGAGGAGGAGAAGGUCGUCGGUCUGCACAUCCUGGGUCAGGGCAGCAGUGAGAUUCUGCAGGGCUUCGGUGUGGCGAUCAAGAUGGGUGCUACAAAGCAGGACUUUGAUAACUGUGUGGCUAUCCAUCCCGUCUCUGCAGAGGAGCUGGUCACCAUGACCUAA